AUGCCCCCGCCGGCCGCCGCGCUCCGCAGCAGCAUGCUCUAUUUCCAGAUGGUGAUCAUGGCAGGGACGGUGAUGCUGGCGUACUACUUCGAGUACACGGACACCUUCGCCGUGAACGUGCAGGGCUUCUUCUGCCACGACAGCGCCUACCGCAAGCCCUACCCGGGCCCGGAGGACAGCAGCGCCGUGCCGCCCGCGCUCCUCUACUCGCUGGCCGCCGGGGUCCCCGUGCUCGUGAUAAUAGUUGGAGAGACUGCUGUGUUUUGCCUGCAACUGGCCACAAGGGAUUUUGAAAACCAGGAGAAAACUAUUUUCACCGGAGACUGUUGCUACAUAAACCCACUGGUGCGGAGAACUGUGAGAUUUCUUGGAAUCUACACCUUCGGACUGUUUGCCACCGACAUCUUCGUGAACGCAGGGCAGGUGGUGACCGGGAACCUGGCCCCGCACUUCCUGGCCCUGUGCAAGCCCAACUACACGGCCCUGGGCUGCCAACAGCUGACGCAGUUCAUCAGCGGGGCAGAGGCCUGCACUGGCAACCCCGACCUCAUCACCAGGGCCCGGAAGACCUUCCCCUCCAAGGAGGCGGCCCUCAGUGUCUACGCGGCCAUGUACCUGACGAUGUACAUCACCAACACCAUCAAAGCCAAGGGCACGAGACUCGCCAAGCCGGUCCUGUGCCUGGGCUUGAUGUGCCUGGCCUUCCUGACCGGGCUCAACAGGGUGGCGGAGUACCGGAACCACUGGUCGGACGUGAUAGCGGGCUUCCUGGUGGGCAUCUCUAUAGCCGUGUUCCUGGUCGUGUGCGUGGUAAAUAACUUCAAAGGGAGGCAGCCCGAGCAGGGGCACCUACACGUGACCAGCCUGGCUCACACGCCGAUGGUCAGCAUUCCUCGCGUGGAAAGUCCCUUGGAAAAGGUAACAUCCGCACAGAACCACAUCGCCGCCUUUGCCGAAGUCACAUGAUACAGAAGCCGCCGGGUUCGCCCUGCACUGGACGUCCUCCCUGUUCACCGUCCAUUCAUAACGCCCAAAGCUUGUUUGGUUGCGGAAGAAGUUUCUCAAGUUGUCUAAUAAUUUUUACGAUUUUCCAACCCGUGUCGAUGUAUGUGUCCCCCCCACUAGACUGUGAGCUCCUCCGAGGCAGGGCCGUGUUUUCUCUGUACCCCGCCCCCCAUGACCUAGAGCAGUGCCCACCACAGAGUAGGCGUGCAGUUACAACGGAGUGGACCUGUUCAUUCUGAAAUAGAGCAUCCGCUGUAGUUGCUCAGAGAAUGACGGAAACCAUGUGAAAAGAAACCCCUACACGAGUCCUAUUUGUACAUGAAAUCCCUCCAUUUGGGCCUGGUUAUGCUUUUUAAUUUUCCACAUUAUCUUUUCAGCAGUAUCCCAUGUUUCGUUCGAAGUGGGCUUAUUUCAUUGGAAGUGGGGGUUUUUCCUUUACUAUCAGCAUGACAUGAUGUCCAUCCUGCCAGGUUUCAGUGUGUGAAAUGACUUUACUUUUAGAAAGUAUGUUCUAAACUAAAAUAACGUUGCACAUAGUAUUAUGCUCAAUUUCCCUUAAAAUGCCAUUCUCUACCUUCUAAGACUGGUGCUUCUGCUUUUGAA